AUGGAAAACCUCCCGCUUCACGUUAGGCAUGUUCAGAAACACCGAGCAAUCAUCAACAGGAUUCACACUCUCAUUCACUUUCUUUUCCUACUUGCCUUGCUCUACUACAGGGCUUCGGUACUCUUUGCAGUUGGGAGCAAGAGCAGCAACCCAGACGACGACAUACCCAUCUUGGCUUGGGCUCUUGUCUUUGCUUCUGAGCUAAUGCUCUCCUUUCUUUGGCUGCUCUGGCAAUCCUACCUGUGGUGUCCUGUGUCGUCUCGGACUGUCUUCCCGGAGAGACUACCUCCAGACAGUGAGCUUCCGGCAAUCGAUGUUCUCAUUUGUACUGCUGAUCCAGCUAAGGAGCCUACGGUGGAAGUGAUGGACACUGUGUUGUCGGCCAUGUCCCUCGAUUAUCCUCCCGAGAAGCUCUCUGUGUAUCUCUCCGAUGAUGCAGGUUCUCCCCUUACGUUGUAUGCCGUUCGCGAGGCAUCUUCCUUUGCCAGGUCUUGGCUUCCCUUGUGCAGGAAAUACAAGAUUGAGCCAAGGUCUCCUGGGGCAUAUUUUUCGUCGUCGUCUCAUGACCAAGACUGCAGCAGCUUUCUACUGAGCAGAGAAUUCAUGGAUGAGCGAAAGAAGAUGAAGUCACAAUACGAGUUAUUUAAAGAACGUGUGGAGCAUGGCAAAGAAAGUUUUGGAAUGGGAAAUCAUGGUGACCAUCCUCCAAGGAUUGAGGUGAUCCUUGGUGAUGCAUCCGGUAAUCGAGAAGAUAACAUCCCCCUUCUUGUCUAUGUUUCUCGUGAAAAGAGGCCAAAUCAUCCCCACAAUUUUAAGGCUGGCGCUCUCAAUGUUCUUCUUCGGGUAUCAGGCAUAAUGAGCAACGCCCCCUACAUAUUGGUGUUAGAUUGUGACAUGUACUGUAAUGACCCCACUUCUGCUCGACAAGCUAUGUGUUUCCACCUUGAUCACAAGAUCACUCAAUCUUUGGCCUUCGUUCAGUUCCCUCAAAUGUUCUAUAAUAUCAGUAAGAACGAUAUCUAUGAUGGACAACUAAGAUCAGCAUUUAAGGUAAUGUGGCCAGGUCUGGAUGGGCUUCAAGGACCAAUAUUAUCAGGUACAGGGUUUUACAUAAAGAGAGAGGCAUUAUAUGGCAUUGGCAGCUCAUUGGAAAGAGAUGCAUCAAGCGAACUGCUGUCAGAAGCUCGACUUUUGGCUUCAUGCAACUAUGAGAAACACACUCAAUGGGGUAAAGAGAUGGGUUUUCAAUAUCAUUCCUUGGUGGAAGAUUACUUUACUGGGUUCAGGCUGCACUGCAAAGGAUGGAAGUCAAUCUACUAUUAUCCUCCAAAACCAUCUUUCUUGGGGGCUGCAACUAUUAGCUUUAAUGAUACAAUGGUGCAGAGCAUGAGAUGGUACACUGGUUUGUUUGAAGUAGGUCUCUCGAGGUUCUGCCCUCUUACCUAUGGUGUAUCAACAAUGUCGAUUCCUCAGAGCAUGUGUUAUGCCUAUCUUGCAUUCUACUGUCUCUAUUCCUUCCCAAUGCUGUGCUACGCUACCAUCCCUCAGCUAUGUCUCUUUAAUGGCAUCUCUCUGUACCCAAAGGUUUCAAGUCCAUGGUUUGUUGUGUUUGCCAUUGUGUAUGUGUCUUCCCUUUCUCAAUAUUUAUUAGAAGUACUCGUCUCGGGUGCAUCCUUGAAUACAUGGUGGAAUGAACUUAGAUUAUGGGCAAUCAAAUCUGUUACAAUCAAGUUCUUUGCAUUUCUUGAUGUUCUUAUGAAGCAUAUUGGUAAGGAGGCAAAUUUCUUUCUUACAAGUAAAAUUGUUAGAAAGGAACAAGUUGAAAGAUACAAUAAGGGGAUAUUCAGCUUUGAAGAUGCUUCAUUGUUUCUUAUAUUAUUGGUCACCCUAGUCACCCUAAACAAGGUGUGCUUCAUUGGUGGUUUAGGAAGAGUGAUACUCGAAGCUAGUUACAGAGAGAUGUUUGGACAUGUUUCCUUGUCUUUCUUCAUCUUAGGAAUCAGUUACUGUAUAAUUGAAGGAAUGUUUCUAAGGAAGGAUAGUGGGCGAAUUCCAACUUGGGUUACACUUUUAUCUGUUAUAUUUUCAAUGGUCUUCUUGUCUCUAGGAUCCAAUUUCCUCUUGUACUAAUUUGUGUCUAGUACUCUAGUUUCAUUAUGUAAGACUUCUGGCUCACCUUCAUUUUAUGAAGUAUAAUUUACAAUAUAUUUUCUUAUA